AGCAAUGACAGAGUAGGAACAGCUGAUCGGAGCCACUGCUUUGUUUACCUGGGGAAGUUGCGUGCCUGCCCUUACUCACCGCUCGGGGAGGACAGUGAAUACUGAUGUUAAGGCAUAUUAUCAAUCGCCAGUAUGAUCCAGUCAGCAGCAAUGUUGUGUACCCACUCGCUAAAGGUAAUGAAAACUUGCUGCAGCGUAUGUCCCUCCUGCAGUCCAUGGAGGUGCACAGGGGAUGUGUCAACACAGUGGUGUGGGACACACCAGGGAAUCUCCUACUCUCAGGUUCAGAUGACCAACAGCUUGUCAUAUGUGAUCCAUGGGAGCGAAUGACAAAAAUGCGCAUUCACACAGCCCAUCGUGCCAACAUAUUCAGCGCCAAAUUUAUGCCACAUACGGCCAAUAAAAAGAUUGUAUCCUGCUCAGGAGAUGGCAUUGUGAUUUAUACAGAUGUUGAAAGGCAAGAAGAGACACAUGACUGUAAAUUCACCUGCCACUACAGUACUUGUUAUGAUGUUGUCACUCUCCCUGAUGAUCCUCACACCUUCCUUACCUGUGGAGAGGAUGACUGUGUCCGUUGGUUUGACCUAAGAAUAAAGACAAAGUGUUCUGUCCGAGAGUGUCAAGAGGACAUUCUGCUGAAUAUGGGCCGCCCUGUCACUGCUGUGGCUGUUAAUCCCAUCACUCCAUAUCACCUGGCUGUGGCUACCCAGGACUCCACCAUAAGAAUAUAUGACCGACGCAUACUGGGCACCCGGGCAUCAGAUUCAUACUUGGAACAAGCUGACCGAGCUCUCCUGAUGCGACUCAAGCCAGACAGCAUGGAGGGCAAGAGCCACCGAGUAACCAGCCUACGCUAUAGCCAGGAUGGUCAGGAGAUCCUUGCCAGCUACUCCUCAGACUUCCUUUACCUUUUUGACACUCAGAAUUAUAAGGAAACAUCCAUGAAAGUUAAAGUGGAUAAUGAUGCCGAGGCUAACUCUGGCCCCACCCUGAAGCGCCUGCGUCUGCGAGGGGACUGGUCGGACACUGGCCCUCAAGCUCUCCCGGAGCGUGAGAUGAGGAGCCAGGCUGGAGAUGUUGGACAAGCAAGACCAACUUUGCAUGCUACCCUAAUGCAAAGAAUGACUGAUGUGUUGUCUCGUAUGUUAAACGAUCCCAACUCAAGGGCAUCUGGUCAGCGAACAACUUCUGAAUCUGAGUCAUCUCAGAAUGCAGCAGGUGAUGAAGAGGGUAACACAGAGAGUGGCAGUCAGCCGCCCUCCUCCAGCCCUAGUGUUCAUCUUGCUGCUGCAGCAGAAACAUCUGAUGCAGUGGCUGAAGAAAAUAUAGAGACUGAACAGCUUCCCACAAGUGAGGCCACACAUGAAAGUGAAGAGUUGAUGGAAAGAAACUGUGAUGAGUCAGACACUUUGCAACCAGAACAAACAACCAGCCAAUCUGAUAGUGAACCUCAGCAGUCUGACAGUGGUGAUCCCCAGACAGAAGCAAGUGAGAGUGCUGACUCAUUAGUUGAAGGGAUGAAUCAUGAAAAUGAAAUGCCAUCAAAGAAUUCCAAAAUUGAGGGCUUGCAGGACAGAAUUACAUCACUUAGACGAGGAUUUGUCAAAAUACAUCAGGUGGAACCAUCAGUCAAUCUCUCCUAUUCUGGGCAUGGUGUCUCCAGCAGCAUGAUCAGUUUAGGUGUGGGAGAUGAAGUGUCCCGUGAUUGUAACUCACAGGAGAAUGAAGAUGAAACCAGCGGCUCACCAAGAGAAUCCUCCCCAAGGCUGCAGCCUCAACCAGACCAAACUCCUGAGCCCUCCCAGCCUUCAGAAGCAGCCUUGUCCGAGGUCCCAGGUUCCUCAUCCUCCCCCUCUCCGUCCACAUCCUCUCAUCCUCCAGUGACCAAAGCUCAGACAAUUUCCACAUCCACCUCUAGUCCAGCCAUCUGUAACAUGGAAGCUGAUCCAUCUUCUGCUUGGACUGCCAGGGGAGGUGUGGGAGCAGACUCGGGUAUGGCAGCGUCCUCUAGUCAUGGGACAAGAGCCAGUGAAUUGAAUGUAGGACCUGCAUUAGACUUUGGAGAUGAUGAUAGUGAUGAUGAAUCCACAAGUGCCAGAACUGCCAGUGCACGCAUGGCCAAUGCAAUAGAGCGUGCUGUGCAGCGUGCCCGAGGGGAGCGUGCGUCAGGAGGGGGAGAGGAGACAGAGGUCACGGUGCCCCAAGCAGCUGUCCGCCAGUGUUAUAAGGGUCACCGGAAUGCCAGAACUAUGAUCAAAGAGGCUUGCUUCUGGGGAGACACGCAUGUCAUGUCCGGCUCAGACUGUGGCCGUGUCUUUGUGUGGGAGCGCAACACUGGACGACUGGUGAUGUUGUGGGAGGCUGACAGGCAUGUUGUGAACUGCCUGCAGCCCCACCCGUCCCUACCAGUGCUGGCGACCUCCGGCAUUGACUAUGAUGUGAAGCUCUGGGCUCCAUUGUGUGAAGAAUCUCGCUUUGAUGAAGCCAAGGCCAAAGAGAUAACACAACGUAAUGAGGCCCUCUUGGAGGAGACCCGUGACACUAUUACAGUACCUGCAACCUUCAUGAUCCGUAUGUUGGCCUCUCUCAACCAGCUCAGGCGAGGAACUACCUUUGCCGAGCGCUGGAGGAAUCGCCGACAGGCUCGCAGACAGGGAGAAGAGGAGGAUCAGGGUGGCAGUGCUGAGUAAAGGAGGGGGAAAAGUUGUUAGGUUUAUAUCAUAUAUAUAUAUAUAUAUUAUUUUGUUUCUUUCAUUUAUAGUUUAUCUUAUAGGAUAUUUAACAUUAUGAUGAUUGUGUGUUGCUUGAAUUUUUAUAUAGUACAUAUUGCUGAUGGCUGCAGUGUGUGUGUGUGUGUGUGUGUGUGUGUGUGUGUGUGUGUGUGUGUGUGUGUGUGUGUGUGUGUGUGUGUGUGUGUGUGUGUGUGUGUGUGUGUAUUUUCAUUUUUAUUUAAUAUUAUGAUAUAGCUGUGUUCAAAAGGACUUACUCAUAGAUGCAUCACAGAUCAUUUUUUGAAGGAAACUGAGUUAAAUGAAGCAUGUCAAUAUUUAAUGUUUUUAAAAAGACUGAAAUGAUGUUUACAUAGUGCUGUUCUUUAACCAUCCAUUGAGCAUUAGGAUUAGGAUGAUUAGGGUGUGAAUAACAAAUAUGAGUUCCUUGAUUUUACACCUCAGAAUUAAUUUCAACUAUACAAGUAAUAGGUCACAUUUGAAAUCAUACAAUGGAUUCUUAAUAAUUUCAGGCUUGACCUCUCUUUUCUUUUCUUUCUAUUAUUCUUUCUUUCCUAAAGUAUUCUCAGUCUUGAAGGGGGAUAUUUAUAAUGAUAAUGAAUAAUUCCGUGUUCAUUUUAGAAAACACGAGACUGGAGUCCUGUUCACUCACAAUUGUCCACCUUGUUAUGCCCUUGUCGGCAGUAAUGUUCAGAUGACAUAGUACUGAAGUUUUCCUUGGAAUUCCUGGGUUACAUUAAUUACAUUUGGAAAUCUGCAGGAUGUAGCUAUUUUGUAUGCAGUAUAAUUUCAGCAGCUGCUCUUCAGUUGCUGAGAUGAGGUCUUGGCUUCUCUUUACUAGUUAUUUGGAAAUCUCUUUGCUUGGCCACUUGUGGAAUGUUGGCAUCUCUGGUAUAAGUUAAUUUAGAUUCUUUGCAUGGCAAGGGAGGAUAGGAAUACCCAUGAUUUGAGGCAAAGAUCAGUUGUGGAAUGUUUGCAUCUCUUGUAUAGGCUCAUUUGGAUCUGUGUGUGAUGAACCAGGAUAAGAAUACCAAUGAUUUGAGGCAAGUGCUCAUGUGAUAUUCAUAUUUAUGGCUUGAUGAUAUUAUUAUAUUAUAUUUUGUAGUGGCCAGGAGAGUAAGAAGUUUUUACUUUUAUACUCUGCCCAUAAUUUGAAAGCACACAAAUUCAAACUUAAUGCUUCCAAAUCUCAGUAUGGUGUUGCCAGAACUGACAUAUGAAAGAAUUUUCACUUUAGAGAGUUUGUAUGAAGACUACAAUGGCUGAAGGGAAUAUAAAGCUUUGAUGUGGAUUGAUAUGCAAAUUCAUCUGAUUAAACCAUCAUAAGAAGUGUUUGCUUCUCUAUUGAGUGAUCCAAUAUGAAUACAUGGUCUUCACAUUCAUGGGUAUAUUGGGUAUAGAGUAGAUAGAGCAAAAGGUUAGGCUGAGAUCUUCUAUGAAUAAUAGAAAGAGGUUGGAUGAUAGGACAGAGCUCUUUGGGACACCACUAUUAAUAGGUUUAGGAGAACAGGGGUCAUUUAUCAAUGCUGAGAUAGACUAGCCACAAAAGAAACUUGGGAUAAUUUUUGCAGAAAGAUGGACAGAGAUUGUUUGAUGAAAGUUUAGGAACAAAAUAUUUAUGCUAGACUAUCAAGACUUUUGAUAUGUCGAAGGCAACAACAAAGGUUUCACUGAAAUCCUUGGGAGAGGAUUUCCAAGAUUAAUUAUGGAAAGCUGGAAGAUCAUCACUGAAUCAUCCUUUACAGAAUCCAUAGUGACAAUCAAAGAAAUUUUGAGCAAGUGGAUACUUAAAAGUCUUCCUGUUGAGGAUAGUCUCAAAAGCUUUAGGAAGAUGGGGAUUCACAGCUAUAGGUUUGAGGAAUUGGAAUGAUCAUGUUUUUAGGGAACUGGAUGAAUGUAGGCAAGCUUACAGCAAGAAGGAUGUUGAUAUUGAUAGACAGAGUUGGAAGAGUUUGAUGAGGUGAGGAGUGAGCAUGGCAGUACAGUUACAGAGAAUGGCAGGAGGGAUUCCAUCAGGUCCAUAAGUCUUCUGUCUUCAUUUAUUUAUUUAUUUAUUUAUUUAUAUAUUUAUUUAUGUAUGUUAUUCUAUUUCUUUUUGUUCCUCAAUAUCUCACUUGGUGGGGAAUUUUAUCAAUCUCUGCAGGAUGUCCAUGAAUGAAAGGACAUCUGGAGUCUGAGUGAUAGUUCUGCUGAUAGUAGGCUACAAAGGGCAUUGCUACUGUACACCUACAUAUCCUGGUGGCAAGAUGAUGUAGUUAUAAUAAUUUUAAUUUCUGGAGUGUGAGUGGAUUGCUUAUCUUGGUGUUACUCUGCAGGGCUGCUAUUAUAGUUUCAGUGACAAGCAGAAUAACUUCACAGUCUAACCUGUAUCUGCUGAUAAAUUCUGCAUCUCUCAGCUUGCCAAGAAUGAUCCUUCUUGGGUACACACCUCUACACUGGAACUGUUUUUGUUAUGGUGUGGCUAUUUUGUCAGGAAAUGUAUAAGAUAACAACAUAAGGAAAGUAAGGACACUGUAAAAUGUUCCUUCACAUUUGCAAGGCAGAUUCUGAAAUGGUGCUGACAGAGUGAUACAUUCUUACCAAUCCAUGUUGUUUUGUGACACUUACUAGUCUAGUCUCAGUCAUGGUCAAAAUGUGCCACCUUUUUACCUCCAUGAUGUGUGUUCUAAGCCAAGGUUUGCUGUGGAUAACUGUGACUGUUCAUACACUUUGCGCUACUGUUAUAUUUGUGCUGCUCUGUACUAAUGGAAGGACUUCUGUUUUUUUAUGAUGAGUUUUUGAAAAUUUGUAUGGUAUUUGUAAGAGAGAGAGAGAGAGAGAGAGAGAGAGAGAGAGAGAGAGAGAGAGAGAGAGAGAGAGAGAGAGAGAGAGAUUUGCUUGUUUAGUUUUCACAAGCUUUAUUAUGAUGAUUAUAAACAGUAAUCUCUUAUUGGAUGUUGUAGAGACAUUCUUAGGAAAGGCUGUGAAAAGAAAUUUAUAUCUCUCAGUUGCAUGGUAAAAGAAACAAUUUUUUAUUUAGAUUUUUUUUUCUUUUCUUCUUUAAUAUUGAUUUGAAAAAUGAGAAACUAAGUACAGGUUUGAUGUGCAGCUUGUGAACCCCUGUUAGUACAUGUCCCUCAGUAAUGAGAUGGUAGCAUGAUGAAAAUUCUGGAGGAAAGCCACUUUAUCUCCUCCAGCAGCUGUCAUGCCUCUAUCUGUACAGGUGUAUUAGUGGUAGAAUGAACAUAUGUUAAGUGGCGUUUUACAUGAUUGGGAAAGGCUGAUGACUUAUGAACAUCUAUGCACUUUUCUUUGAACACUAGUAGUAGUAAGGUAUGUAGAUCUUUUCCUCCCAAACUCAUAACUGAAUGUAAUUACUGCGUAGUGGACGGCAGACGGUGUUACUUAUAAUCGUUAAACGCAAGCUUUCACCACAUUUUUUACUGUGACUUGUUUUAUUUUGAUUUUCAGCAUUAUAGUUUUCUUGCUUUCAUUACAAAAAACUACUAUACUUUACCUUGAGUCAGCAAAUUUUCGUGAACUGAGGUUUUCAACAAAGACAAAUUCAGGUACCUUAGUAUAGUGGUUUUGAUUGCAUUUUAAUUUCUGUAUAAUAGUACAGCAUAACUAUAUAUAUAAGAAUACUACAGGUUUAUGUAUGUCUAGAAAAUAUCAUCUCAUUGAGGAACUGCAAGACUCAUUGCACUGUGUCAGAUGUUUACCUCUAGAGAAAUGUUUGCAAUACAAAAGUGAGGUUUGUGUUGUGAAAGAAACCACCUAUAUUUGUAGUCAUAAAUAAUUUGGAACAACUUCUCUGUAGCCAGUUUUGUGUCAGUCUCUAUACAAAUCAUGUAACUACUAGUCUAUGAGCCAGAUUACAAAUUAGAGGGAAACAAAACUUUUCUAAAAUGUUAAUAUCCAUUACAUGUAAUAAGUUAUGAUUAUUAUUUUCUUGUAAGGUCUCGGCUUUCCACAGAAAAUAUCUUGUUGAAUACAAGUCAGAUACAGAUAAAAAUAAAUUUUAUACC